UUAGGGAUAGGAAGUGACGUAAGGAUGGCGGAGGGGCGCGAGCUUUCAAGAUGGCGGUGGCUGGGUGGCUGACCGGCAUACAGAGGUGAAGGCCCCUACGAGAUAAAAGACGCCGAGAAUCGUCCCCUCCCCGCUUCUCGCAGUGCCAGGAGUCCAGCAGAAGUGUUUUUUUGUUUUAAUGAACUAGUAAAUCAUACAAAUUGUCAACAUGGGACGGAGAUCUACAUCAUCCACCAAGAGUGGAAAAUUUAUGAACCCCACAGACCAAGCCCGAAAAGAAGCCCGGAAGAGAGAAUUAAAGAAGAACAAAAAACAGCGCAUGAUGGUACGAGCUGCAGUUUUGAAGAUGAAGGAUCCCAAACAGAUUAUCCGGGACAUGGAGAAAUUGGAUGAAAUGGAGUUUAACCCAGUGCAGCAACCACAGUUAAAUGAGAAGGUGCUGAAAGACAAGCGUAAAAAGCUGCGUGAAACUUUUGAACGUAUCCUGCGACUCUAUGAGAAAGAGAAUCCAGAUAUAUACAAAGAACUGAGAAAACUAGAAGUAGAAUAUGAACAGAAGAGGGCUCAACUAAGCCAAUAUUUUGAUGCGGUCAAGAAUGCUCAGCACGUGGAAGUGGAGAGUAUUCCCUUGCCGGAUAUGCCACAUGCUCCUUCCAAUAUCUUGAUCCAGGACAUUCCACUUCCUGGUGCCCAGCCACCCUCCAUCCUUAAAAAAACCUCAGCCUAUGGACCUCCAACACGGGCAGUUUCUAUACUUCCUCUUCUUGGACAUGGUGUGCCACGUUUGCCCCCUGGCAGAAAACCUCCUGGUCCUCCCCCCGGUCCACCACCUCCUCAAGUCUUGCAAAUGUAUGGCCGUAAAGUGGGCUUUGCCCUAGAUCUUCCCCCUCGUAGGCGGGAUGAAGACAUGUUAUAUAGCCCGGAGCUUGCUCAGCGGGGUCAUGAUGAUGAUGUUUCCAGCACCAGUGAAGAUGACGGGUAUCCUGAGGACAUGGAUCAAGAUAAGCAUGAUGACAGUAGUAGAUUUGCAGAUAUGCCUGGAAAAUCAAGGAAGAAAAAGAAGAACAUGAAGGAGCUGACUCCUCUUCAAGCCAUGAUGCUUCGAAUGGCAGGUCAGGAAAUCCCUGAGGAGGGACGGGAAGUAGAAGAAUUUUCAGAGGAUGACGACGACGAUGAUUCCGAUGAUUCUGAAGCGGAAAAGCAAUCACAAAAACAGCAUAAAGAGGAAUCUCUUUCCGAUGGCACAUCUUCUGCUUCUUCACAGCAGCAGGCCCCCCCGCAGUCUGUCCCUCCUUCUCAGAUCCAAGCACCUCCCAUGCCAGGACCGCCUCCUCUUGGACCACCACCGGCUCCGCCCUUACGGCCCCCUGGACCACCUACGGGCCUUCCUCCUGGACCACCUCCGGGAGCUCCUCCAUUCCUGAGACCACCUGGAAUGCCGGGACUCCGAGGGCCUUUACCCCGACUUUUGCCUCCAGGCCCACCACCAGGCCGACCCCCUGGCCCUCCCCCAGGUCCACCUCCAGGUCUGCCUCCUGGCCCUCCUCCUCGGGGACCCCCACCAAGGCUACCUCCCCCUGCACCUCCAGGUAUCCCUCCACCUCGUCCCGGCAUGAUGCGCCCACCUUUGGUGCCUCCACUUGGACCUGCCCCACCUGGGCUUUUCCCACCAGCUCCCUUGUACCAAGAAAAAGAAGUGAGCUCCAAGAGAGUGGAAAUCUAG